CUACAAAUGUAACUGUCCCACUACAUUGGUACCGAGCACAGAUCAGCCGCGUUUAACAAGGGCUGGGAAUUCAUUCAUAAAGACUAGCUAUCCUUCCGUGAGCGUAUUGUCAGCACGGGCGGAGGCGAUGCUACUGGGGGAGAGAGAGAGAGAGAAAGAGAGAAACAUUUUCAUCCAUAUAAAACUUCCUUCAAAAUGCACAUAUGGCAAUUUUCUGCGCAAGACAGCCUUAAUGUGACUGCCCUGCGUGGAUAAGAGUUUGGGAAAGCUCGCCUCCACCGCCUGAAGCCAACACGACUCCAAGAGCUGCCUGUGAGCUGCGGACUCUUAUUCUGAAGCGACUUCAGGGGUUUCAUUUCCUGACAGUUAUUUACUUAAAGCAGAUGAUUAGUUUUUUUGGAAGGAUGGACUGCAACAUUGAAUCAAUUACAAGUCGCCGUUCUUUGAGCCAUUAAACAAUCUGAGCCCAGCUCCAGAGUGAAACGUACAUGCUGCCCCUGUUCGGAACAGAAGUUGGUGGAUUUACCACUUUACACAAGUAACUUUCCACAAAGAUGGACAUAUUCUGGAAGAUAUUCCUGAUAGUGGAUUGCCUCUUCCUGGAAGUCUUCAAAGGGCCCCAGCUGGUUGAGUGCCAGACAGUACCAGAUGUUUACCCCAGCACAGUUGAAAUAAGAGUUGCUCUCCAUACGUCAUUCAGCCUGAAGUGCUCCGGGGAGAAUGAAGUGGAUUGGGAGUUGCCAGUUUACGAAUCUUUUGAGGAGAAUAUCAGUAGAAAAGAUGAAAACAACAACAGUGGAAACUUUGUGAAAUCACUAGAGGUCCAUAAUGCAACAGGAAUUUAUACUGGCAGGUACACCUGCUAUUACCCAUCACUCCAGCUCGAUGAGGAGAUUGAGGGACGAGAUAUCUACGUUUUUGUUCCAGAUCCUGACUAUCCUUUUAUCCCACAAGCGUAUUUUGAAAAUAUAGUAAUAGCAGCAGAGGGUGAAACUGCAGAAAUCCCAUGUCGUGUAUCUGAUCCAGAUGUCCAUGUCACUCUGCUUAAUGUCGAUACUAAUACCAUGAUUGCUACAACCUAUAAUAAUAAAGAAGGAUUCAGUGGCCUCUUCAAAGAGGGGACAUAUACCUGUAUCACAACAAUCAAUGGUGUGGAGCACAGAUCAGAAGAGUACAUUGUUAAUAGAUUUAAAGUGGCAGAUGACCUUCAUGUUGAAAUAGAAGCUGAGAAAACCGUAGUGAAAGUGGGUGAACCAAUCUUUGUGACAUGUCUGGUAAUGGAUAAUGAAGUGGUGAACAUAGACUGGAAUUAUCCAAGGAAAAAUAAAGGAACUGAGGCACACCAAGUUCUUAAGGAAGUAAGACAACCAAGCUUAAAAAUAAUGAAGACUUUGCAAAUUGAGAAAGCCACUCUGGAAGAUACUGGACUCUAUGAAUGUUCUGUGUUACAUGCAACUCAAGAUACCAAGAAAUUAAAACAGGUUCACAUCCAUGUUAGUGACAAAGGAUUUAUUAAUUUGGAUCCCAACUAUGGGACAGAAGAAUUUGCAGACCUACAUGAAGUCAAGCAGUUUGUGGUGAACAUUGAGGCUUAUCCAGAGCCCACUGUAUCAUGGCUGAAAGACAAUAUCACCUUGCAAGAAGAUAACAACGAGGUGAUGAUCAACACAGUAAAAAUCCAGGAAAUUAGGUAUCAAAGUAACCUGACCUUAAUUCGUGCAAAGAAACAAGACAGUGGUGCUUACACUAUUGUUGUUAAAAAUGAAGAUAAUAGUACCAAUCAUACAUUUUACUUACAGGUUAAAGUGCCUGCAAAAAUCAUCAAUCUUGUUGAUGUCCACCAUGGUUCUGCAAGUGGCCAGAUAGUUUCAUGUUCAGCAGAUGGGACACCAAGCCCAGAGGUUGAAUGGCUGAUAUGUACAGACUUAAAAAAGUGUGCUAAUGACUCAUUGCUCUGGAAUGUUCUCCACAACAAUUCCAGUGAUAUCAGUAUUGAGACCCAUCAGACCAAGAAAAAUACUAUAGAAAGCAAGCUGACCUUUCAGAAAGUUGAUAACACAGUGGCUGUGAGAUGCAUUGCAAAGAAUGAACUUGCAGCCGUUGCACGUGAAGUCAAACUGGUGGCUCACAAUCUCCAUUCUGAGUUGACGGUGGCUGCCGCAGUCUUGGUGUUGUUGGUUAUUGUAAUCAUUUCUCUGAUUGUGCUCGUUGUAGUUUGGAAACAGAAACCACGAUAUGAGAUAAGGUGGAGAGUCAUUGAAUCAAUAAGUCCAGAUGGGCACGAAUACAUUUAUGUUGAUCCCAUGCAACUUCCCUAUGAUACAAGAUGGGAGUUUCCUAGGGAUGGACUUGUCCUUGGACGAAUACUUGGCUCUGGGGCCUUUGGAAAGGUAGUUGAAGGAACUGCUUAUGGUUUAAGUCGCUCACAGCCUGUUAUGAAAGUUGCUGUAAAAAUGUUGAAACCUACAGCCCGAUCCAGUGAGAAACAAGCUCUGAUGUCAGAACUGAAGAUAAUGACUCAUCUAGGCCCACAUUUAAACAUUGUUAACCUGCUAGGAGCUUGUACCAAAGCAGGUCCUAUCUACAUUAUCACUGAGUACUGUUUCCAUGGAGAUUUGGUAAAUUACCUACAUAAGAACCGAGACAGCUUUAUAAGUCGAUAUUCUGAAAAGGGAAAAAAGGAAGUGGAUAUUUUUGGUAUAAAUCCUGCUGAUGAAAGCACAAGAAGUUAUGUGAUCCUGUCCUUUGAAAACAAUGGGGAAUACAUGGACAUGAAACAAGCUGAAAAUACCCAGUAUGUACCGAUGUUGGAAAGGAAAGGCAGUUCCAAAUACACCGAUAUACAGCAACACAUUUACGAUCACCCACCAUCACAGAAAAAUAAAUCAUUGACAGAGACAAGUGAAGCUUGGAACCCUCUCCUAGAUGACAGCUCAGAUGGCCUCUCCUUUAUGGAUUUAAUCAGCUUCACCUUUCAAGUUGCCCAAGGAAUGGAGUUUCUGGCUUCUAAAAAUUGUGUACAUCGUGAUCUGGCAGCUCGUAAUGUUCUCCUUGCACAGGGAAAGGUUGUCAAGAUCUGUGACUUUGGUCUGGCACGGGACAUCAUGCACGAUUCCAACUAUGUUUCUAAAGGCAGCACAUUUUUACCAGUAAAAUGGAUGGCACCUGAAAGCAUAUUUGAUAACCUGUACACUUCACUAAGCGAUGUCUGGUCUUAUGGCAUUCUUUUAUGGGAAAUAUUCUCCUUGGGUGGUACGCCAUAUCCAGGAAUGAUGGUGGACUCCAACUUUUAUAACAAGAUAAAAAGUGGCUACAGGAUGACUAAACCAGAACAUGCUUCUUCAGAUGUCUAUGACCUGAUGGUGAAGUGUUGGAAUAGUGAGCCUGAGAAGAGGCCUUCCUUUACACGUCUUGCUGAAAUUGUUGGCAAGUUGUUACCAGAGAACUACAAGAAGAGCUAUAAACAGUUGAACGAUGAGUUUUUGAAGAGUGACCAUCCUGCUGUUGCUCGCAUGCGGGCAGAAUCAAGUGAUUCUUACAUUGGAGUUACCUACACCAAUGAAGAUAAAAAGAAAGAUCGGGAAAGUGGAUUUGAUGAGCAAAGACUAAGUGCUGACAGUGGAUACAUCAUCCCACUGCCUGAUAUUGACCCCGUCACAGACAGCGAACCUGGCUCUUCAAGAAACCGACACAGUUCCCAGACAUCAGAAGAAAGUGCAAUCGAGACAGGUUCCAGCAGCUCGACUUUUAUAAAGCGUGAGGAUGAAACCAUAGAAGACAUGGAAAUGAUGGAUGACGUAGCAAUUGAUCCCUCAGACCUAGUGGAAGACAGUUUCCUGUAACCUGUUCCAUUUAUUAUGGGAGAAUAAACUGCAUCUUAUACAGACAUGGUUUUCUCUAUAACCACUUUUUGAGGCAUCCCCAACAAGAGAACUUUGAGGUGCGAACUUGAUGGCAUAUCAUAUAACAGAGCCCAACUUGGAGAGUGAUCCUGGGAAAACAAUAUGACUUCUAGUGUAAUACAUAUCAUGUGCAUUUUUCUGUGUAUUAUUUUCUAUUGUGGUGAUUGUUUCUUCAGUGCAUAUGCACACAGCCAUUUUCAUGAACUAAACAUAAGGCCAUACAAAGUUAGUUGUGCGUUUCAAAGGUUCUUUGCUACAGGGAAGAUGGUACAUUUAUUAAGAUAAUUGACUACAUUUAUUAUUUUAUCAGAUUGCUUUGUACGUAUAAAAUUAUAACUAUUGCUAAGAAUGUAAUCUGUGUACCUGAUAUUAUAUCAGAUCAUUAUCCCUGUCACAGGAGAAAGGCAAUGACAAUAUUGCUUCCCAGGUGGGUUACAAUAAGUUGUUUGUCAUUCUGCUCAGAUACCAGUGUACAUCAUCAGCAAACAUGUGUUCUCUUCAAUGCAUACUUCCUACUAAUUAUCAAUUAUGAAGCUCCUUUCGCAAAGCACAAUUUUUGGAAGCUAUUACAUUGUAAAGAACACACUGCAUCGUUGCAAAAUUCUACACAUAACCGAUUUAAUUGCUUGUGCAAAUUCAGGAAAAUCAGUGAUUCAUGGAACAUGGAGCAGAUUGACUACAAUCUACAUUUAAAAGCUAUGACUUUGGAAUUUACUGUUAUCAAUAGGCCGGUGGAUUGAGCCUAAGACUAAACUGACUUGUUUGUUAAUACAACUGCGACAGAAUUGAAGAAUUCACCAAGCUUGGAAAAUUGAUGUGAUUGACUAAUUGUACAUGACGAAAGCACCUCAGGAGUAACGAAGAGCAUUCAUGCUGGAGAAGAUUCCCUUUCAUGUGAGCUGAGGCAGAAAGCAAAAGUGCCUCCUUUUUGAGUGAGGAGAUAGUGGAGAAUUUGGCACCACCAGAAGAUUUUAUUGUUCUAAAAGUACACAAACUCUAUCAACAAUGGUUGUAAAUCAUAGAGAUUUCUUGACUACCAUCAUUCCAAUUAAGAGGAUACCACAAAGCCUGGAAUAUGUAAAUAUUGUAAAUUUUAUCAUACUGACUAAUGUGCUGGAAGUCAAUUGGUUUCCAGGGGUAUAACAUGUUGAUUGAAGUUGUGAUGCAAAAUCACACUGGAGUAGGAGAAGAGCCAGAGUCUGGAGCUGGACAAAUUAAAUAUUUUACAAGAUAAUAAGCUGACAUUUUUACAGAUAUUAGUGAUGAAUCUCAGAUUUUCUGAUGAAAUAUGAAAUCAGAAGAAAAAUUCAAUGAUUUUCUUGUAAGGAUUUAGUGCAUUGAAUGGAGACAAUAAGGACUGCAGGUGCUGGAAGCCAGAGCCUAUAGGUGUGAGGGUGGAAAAGCACAGCAGGUCAAACAGCAUCAGAGGAGCAGGAAAGUCAACGUUUCAGGCCAAAACCCUUCAUCAUGAUUCGAUGGUAAAAGCUCAUUUAAGAACAGUAUGUAUUGAAUGAUGUUUGUAACUUGUCCAUAUUCAUUACAAACAGCAGGCCCAGAUAUAUCAAGAAAAUUUGGGGUUUUUUUGUGCACAGCAAGUGAAGGCCUUCAUAAAGCAUCCAGACUCUGCAAUAAAUUUUCUGAUAUCUGUGCACAGAGAUGCCAUGAAGACUUCCAGAACUGGUUUAAAACUAGUUUAAAACUAGUUUAGAACUAGUUUAAAACCUGAGAAAGUAUUCAAGUCAAUCAACAAACAUUAACUAUACCUAAAUAACCACUUUCUAAUCUGAUGAUUUAAAUUCAAACUAGUCAUCACAUUUUCCCACAGGAAUAGCAUCAUAUAAUAUCGUCGCCAAGAGGGAAGGUUAGUAAACUCCACUUUGGGAUCUCUCAGUUAUUUGUCUUGUUUGUAAUUCAGUGAGACAUUACAUGAUGUGCAUCUAUUUUUGAUUGAACAAAGUGCAUAAUGAGCCUUUCCAGUUUUAAAGUGUAUUGACUGUCAAUAAGAUAUCAUUGUUACUUUUUGAUUGUACAUUUUCUGACAUCAGAAUUGAACUUGCUAUUGUAGUACAUGACAGAUCCAAUGAGUGGGACUGAUGUAUUCUAACUGCUGAAGUAUUAACACAAUGCAAUAUACUAUACAUUCCAUAGCACAUUAUACUUCCUGUAUUAACCAUGGCAUUACAGAUUACUCACAAGAGGAAACUGACAGCAAAUUACUAUUCCAACUGCUUCUAAUUGUCAAGGCACAUAUUCUAAUUUUAGUAAUGUAACACAUUCCUUAAUGCUCAGGCCAGUGUUAAAAAUCAUAAAACUUACCUGCAUAUCCAGUAUUGAAAACAAAUCAUGUAUGUUGUGACAAUUAGAACACCUUUUUUAUUAUAAAAUGUAAGAUAAACUGUAAAGAAAAUAAUAUGUAAUUUUUCAGACUGGAUUGUUUAAUGUUUCCAUUUGAAGAAGGAUUUCAGACAAUACCUUAAAUAACCAAGCUAAUGCAGCAGAAGAAAUUGAUGUAGCAUUACUGAGGAAACAUGACUUUAUCUUUGAAUGGCUUGAAUGUUAAAAUGUGGUUAAAAUUUUAUCCAAUGGUCUUACUAAGUGACAAAGGACAUUGGGAAUUUAUGAUGUUAUACAUCAUUUCUGUGUAUAUAUAUAUAUGUGUGUAUAUAGAUAUAUAUAUAUAUGUGUGUGUAUUUCAGUGUAGUCAUCUGAGUUACUGCCAUACAUUUAUGUCUAGCUGUAUCACUGCCUAUGUUUAUAUUUUUGACUGUGAUGUACUCCACAGGCACGUUACAUGUUGCACUUUUGAAUGUCUAAAGUAAAAUAUAUUUUAAAAGUUACAAAAAAAGUUUCAAAGGGAUCGAAUUGUGAAUGCGUGGCUGGACUGUAUGUAGGUUAAAGUCUCAAACAUUUUAUUAUCAUGAAAUUACACGAAGUUUUAAAGACUUUUUUAAAAAAAAUUCUUUAUGUUACAUCAAAUACACAUUGUCUAAACUCAGAAUCUCUAUUUCAAUAAAUUCAGAUGAAUUUA